AUGAGUGCCUUUAUUGAAGACAUGACUCGAGAGUCAAGGGAUGAAAUUCAGUCUGAGGCUUCUGUCACAGAGGAGGGCUCAGACACAAGACAAGAGACCCAGGCAGCUUCACCACUGUCCACUCAUCAAACAAACCAGUCUCUGUUUUCAAAGGGAGGUUUACGACAUCGUAUGUUACAUAAGACGGGCCUCACACAGCCUCAACCUCAGGAUGACACUGUGGAAUAUCCAGCAGAUGAUCAAUAUGGACUGUUUGAACAGGGUAGAGACUACGAGCCAGUCUAUGUGACCCACAAGUACACUAAAGAAGAGCAGAGAACUCUGAGCUCCUUUGAAAGUGUGGAUUAUCUCCCUCCACACAGUGAAAUCUACAAAAGAUGGCUGAAAAAUCAGGGUCCCUUAGGGUAUAACUUGGGGAGAUGGGUUAUUAUGGGAUUGAUUGGUUUCUUUGUGGGAAUGAUUGGUUUCCUACUGCAUGAUUUGAUAGAAGAAAUUGCUCACUUAAAAUGGCACCUGACACGCCAGUUUAUAGAUGACAAUGAUUUUGGACUGGCUUGUGUUGUAGCCACUGCGUACAGUCUUGUUUUCAUCAUAUUUAGUUCAUUCAUAGUAGUGUUUUUACGUCCGAGUGCUGGAGGGUCGGGGAUACCUGAAGUCACAGGGUUUCUCAAUGGGACCAUGGUAAGGCAUAUAUUUAAUGUGAAGACAUUGGCUGUCAAAUUCUUCUCCUGUCUGGCAGCUGUUGGCUGUGGUCUUCCAGUGGGACCAGAGGGACCAAUGAUUCAUAUGGGAGCACUUGUUGGGGCUGGACUAAGCCAGUUUCAGUCAGAGACACUCAAAAUCAAUCUUCCUAUCUUUCAAAGAUUUAGAACUUCAGAGGACAGACGUAACUUUAUAUCUGCUGGAGCAGCAGCUGGAGUUGCCUCUGCCUUCGGAUCCCCUGUGGGGGGCCUCCUUUUUUCUAUGGAGGAGGUAUCUUCAUUUUGGACCACGACUCUCUCCUGGCAGAUUUUUUUCUGCUGCAUGAUCUCCACCUUUACAACAGAUCUCUUUAAUUCUGCCUUUGACGGAUUCAAAUAUACAGGAGGAUUUGGCCAGUUUAAGACAACUAGAUACAUUCUCUUUAAUGUUGAAAGAGGUAUAGAUGUUAACAUUUUGAUGUUCAUCCCUACGAUUAUCAUUGGACUUAUUGGGGGCCUUCUGGGGGCUGUAUUUACUAUCCUCCACUUAAAGAUGACUCGGAGCAGAAAACGACUUCUAGCAAACAUCAAAAGUGAAUGGCUCCAGAAAAUAUUGAGGAUAUUUGAGCCUGCUAUUAUCAUAAUUAUAGUGACCAUUCUCUCAGUUUACCUCCCUCAAGCCUUUGGUUGCUCCAAAUUCACAUGUAUAGAGGGAGUCAGUGGAGAUGUGAGGGUGAACUGCAUGAAUGACACAAGGAACCCGCUACAUGUGGAGGCCACCGUGGAAACAUACAACUGUAAGAGAGGGGGCAUAACUGGAAUCACCAACACAACUGUGUACACCAAUAGUACUUACAAUGAGAUGGCUACUUUGAUGUUUGGGACCCUAGAAAAUGCCGUGAAGCGUCUUUUUUCGAGAGAUACACACUUACAGUUUGGGUUUGGUUCUCUGCUGACAAUGCUGGUUAUCUAUUUCCUGUUGAUCUGCUGGGCGACUGGAACCUCAGUGGCUAGUGGUGCUCUCGUACCCAUGCUUCUGGUGGGUGGUCUUUAUGGGCGUGCAGUAGGGCUCCUGAUGACCUCUAUGUUUGGGGUCCACAGUGAAGACUUUGGGUACUGGGCAUGGAUGGACCCUGGGGUUUUCUCACUGAUCGGGGCAGCAUCAUUCUUUGGAGGAGUCACCAGGCUGGCUUUGGCUGUCACUGUCAUCAUGAUGGAGCUGACCAAUGAUGUACAGAUUCUCUUGCCUGUGAUGGUGUCUGUAAUGGUGGCCAAGUGGGUAGGGGAUUUCUUUACUCAUCCUAUCUACCAUGCCUUACUGGAACUGAAGUGUAUCCCAUUACUGGACCCUGAGCCUAGGGUCAGAAUAGAUAAAGCUCAGCUGAACCUUGACCUGUUUGCAGCAGGUGACAUCAUGUCAUCUCCGGUGAUUACGGUACAGACCCGGGAGUCAGUCUCAGUUCUCUCUACCCUCAUACUCAACACCACCCACGGGGGAUUUCCCGUCAUUCAGAAAAAUGAGAACGGCAGUGAGAGCUUCUUUGGCACAAUAACGAGGAUGGAGAUAAUAGUUCUCUUGAAGACAGAGUGUUUAUUCAAAUCAGAGAAUGAUACAGAGGAAACUCUGGAUGACGACGGACCUUCCUGGGUUGAAUAUGACAAAUUGCAUGUCCACAAACUGGUAGAUCCUCAUGACACCUCCCUGAUGCUGCAGAAGUAUGUCUCUGAUGCUCGUUAUAGCAAACUCUACAUAGACCUGCAACGAUUCACAAAUCAGUCAGCAUUAUCUAUCCAGGAGAAGUUCUCUCUACAGAGAACAUACAUUAUUUUCCGAACUCUUGGAUUACGACACCUGACAGUAGUGGACAACAUGAAUGGGGUCAAGGGCAUCAUCACAAGAAAGGACCUGAUGGGAUUCUACAUGGAAGAGAGGCUGGAGGAAAAAAUGAAAAAAAGUCCGACCUUGGAGCUGAAUGACCUUCAAUAUAGAGGGCAAGAGGCUGACCGCAAAAACAGCGCCUGUACCCAGACUGACCUCCUUGAUGUGUCCAUCUGGGUUACAACCCAGAGACGGGGGUCUGCAGACCUUAUUGGAACAACUAUCUCCCCCAAAGGAGUGAAGAAAGAAUGGCAUUUCAGUCUCAAAGAAAUAGGAAUAUUCUGGGGAGGGUCACUUAUCAUGCAGACAGUCAUAGGACCCGGAAUCUUUACUUCUCCUAAGAACGUGGUAUCUGGGGCUGGCUCUGUUGGUCUUACUUUCAUUAUAUGGGCUCUGUGUGGUAUUUUCUCAACUUGUGCUGCCCUUUGUUUUUCCGAGCUUCAAAUAUUUGUGAGAAGGGCAGGAUGCGAAUAUGGUUACAUACACAAAGCGUUUGGACCUCUUCCUGCAUUCAUUUACACAUGGAUGCGCAUCGGUGCCGCCGAACCCUGUACGACUGCGGUGUUCGCCAAAGCUUUCGCUAGCUACAUUUGUGAUUCACUAGCCGAUGAUUGUGGACCUCCUGAAAUUCUGCACAAGUUGUUGGCGAUCAUUGCAAUAUUAACUCUGUCAAUUGUUAAUGCAUACGAUGUCCAGUUGGCAAGGCAGAUGAUAUCGGUGUCAAACCUGGCCAAAAUAAUCACCAUUGGUACCAUCGUUGUCUGCGGAAUUUAUAACAUUUCUUCAGGGAAAACUGGAGCCCUGGAUGAAGGUUUUGAGGAUACGGAGACAUUCCACAGUCACAUUGUCUUUGCCGUCUACAACUCUAUGUGGGCCUAUGGCGGAUGGUCAAAUGUCCCUUCUGUCACAGCGGGGGUCAGAAAACCACCCAAAAACCUUCCGCGUCUGGUGAAAAUUGUGAUUCCCACGGUUAUGAUAAUCUACCUGUCAACAGUGACGUCAUAUUUUACAGUCUUGACUCGGGAAGAAAUAACGGCUAACCAUUGGUUUGGAGUCAUGUGGGGACGAAAAAUGCUAGGUGAAGCAGGAUUUCUGAUUCCCGUAGGGGUUGCUUUCGUGGCCCUUGGGAAUGCUAAUAACACAAUUAUUGCAUCAGGGAGACUUUCUUCUAUAUCUGCUGAGGAUGGGUAUGUGCCAGAAUUUUUAACGUACAGACACAUUAGAACCAAGAGCCAUAUUCCUGCAAUUAUAAUGAGGGCUGUUGCAGCCAUUGUGAUGGCCACCUGUUUCUCCUCCCAAUUUAUGGUCCAUUUUUGGAUAUUUACGGUCUGGCUAUUCCAUGGACUCGCAAUUUUUGGCUUGAUUGUUAUGAGAAUACGAAAACCCCAUCUUCCUCGACCUUAUAAAGUCAACAUACUGAUCCCCGUUUUCGUCACUCUCGGUGCUGGCUACCUGGUUAUCGCCCCUUUUACCAUAUAUCCAUUGAAGGGAGAGUUUAUUUUCACCUUGGCUGUAGCAGGAUCCGCCAUUGUCUUUUACGUGCCACUAGUCAGAUGGAAUUGGAAUAAAAAGAUAACAGAUUACUUCACCGUCUUCUUCCAACUAUUUUUGGAAAUAGUCCCAGAAAAACGAUUUGAAAAGAGAAAGAGACAGAAGAAAUCACGAAGGCCAGCCUCUGUAGCCCCAAUGACAACACUGGAACCUAUCGAAGAGAUGAUGAAUGAGCUUGAUGACACCGCCUCUGUAGAGAGAUUCGGACGUCAGUACUCGAACGACGCACUGUCUGUGGACUUUUCUGAUAUUUUCACAGUUGCUACCUACGACACAAUGGGUUCUAUUGAUGAUUUGGAAUCUAUGGACGGUACUAUUGAUGACACUGUAUCAACUGUUAGCAGUUCGCCCUCUAGCGGCCAAAACUCUCCACCUCCAAUGUACGAUGAAUCGUUUGACUUUGUAACAAAGCUCUGAUAAAGUAGAGAUAUCUACUCAUAAUGCAUACUACCCGA